AUGAUAGAGACCUCAGACACCAUGAGACGAUAUGAUGAUAGACGAUCACAGCCUGAUCUGACAGCAUGGGGCUCAAACUCUCUGGCAAGGGGCAGCAGAGCCACCGGAUGGUGAUCUUCGUAGCCCUCCUUGUCCUGAUGACACUCCUCAUCCUGUACGGCUCCAACAACAGCAACGACACCACCUACGCUCCCUUCCAUGUGGCUACAAGUCAUCUCAAGACCACAGAUUUGAAGAAAUGGGCUGGGAAAGAUGGUUAUGUGCCCGUUUACGGGAACAAGAAUAUGAGUUUGCGCUGCCAUAACUGUGCGCUGGUGACAAGCUCCAGCCACGUCCUGGGUAGUCAAGCAGGAGAAGAGAUCGACCAUACGGAGUGUGUGAUCCGUAUGAAUGACGCCCCGACUUUGGGUUAUGAGACUGACGUGGGCAACCGGACCUCUCUGAGGGUCGUAGCUCACUCCAGUGUGUUCAGGGUGGUGCGGAGGCCGAACGAGUUCCUGCGGCACACAGACAGCAACCCCAUGAUCAUCUUCUGGGGACCGCCGAAUAAGAUUGGGAAGGACGCCAAAGGAACCUUGUACAGAUUGAUCCAGAGAGUCAGCAUGACCUACAGCAACGUGUCUUGUUUCAGCGUCACGCCGGGCAAGAUGCGCAGAUUUGACAGUCUGUUUCACAGGGAGACGGGACGAGAUAGACAAAAGUCUCACUCGUGGUUGAGCACAGGCUGGUUCACCAUGGUCAUAGCCAUCGAGAUAUGUGAUAAUAUCAAAGUAUAUGGGAUGGUUCCGCCCAGUCACUGUGGGAAGAAACCCGUAACCAAGAAGAUGCCGUAUCACUACUACAAACCCAGAGGGACUGACGAAUGUGUAACAUACCUACAGAAUGAGAGCGGCCGAAGAGGGAACCACCAUCGCUUUAUUACUGAGAAACAGGUGUUUUCACGCUGGGCAAAGCAGUACAACAUCACCUUCACUCAUCCCAACUGGUGAAAAGACGUUUAUGACAACCACAGAAGAGAUUUUCCCCGCACUCACAAAAGCCUGAAUGAGCGCUACUUGGCUGGAUUUUAUUACAACUUCCCUGAAUGAGCCUUCGACUAACCACAUGAUGAAUGACAGCCAUUGUGAGGAAUCGCCAAGACGAUAUAAAAAAAAGAAAAGAAGAAGCAGUAUUUGGAAAAAUCUAUUAUCGGACCAAAUGACUGAGAUAUCUGAGAAUGUGUUCUGUUGCAGAAGAAGAAGAAGAGUGCAGAAUCUGAAUUUUGGGAGGUUUCUGAAAUACUCUGCUUCGAAAUGCGGCAGCCGUCUGAUGAGUUUUUUUUGUAAAUAGAGAAGAAAGAUAAUUUUUACACGUUUAUUAUAUUUUUGUUAUUACAUAUUGAAAAAUGCACUUGUGUUUCCCAUGUUGAGGUGGGAUUAUAUCAGCAAGCUCCUCUAAUCAGAUGUGACUAUAUGGCCAACAACCGUUUUUUUCAUGACGUAAACUAAGCCGAAAACUUCAGUGUAUAAUGUCUGAAUACAAGACUAAAACUAUUUAACAGUUUGAAACAGCAAAAUUAUGAUUUAAACCAGGAAAUAUCUGAACAAACAAUGAGGGAACAUGACUCACAGUCUCACUGAGAAUUCAAUGCCAGCAUGUGGUAGUUUUUUUUUAAUACUUGGUGCUACAGACACGUUUAAGAAAAACAAAGGAUCAAAAUCCAGCUGAAGUGAACAAAUAUCACCAUAAAUAAUUAAUUACCACGAGGAUGAGGCCCUUUACUACCUUCAGUUUGAGGGAUUUUAUCUUUUUUUCGAUUGAAUUGUGACAUAAACAAUUGCAAUUUAUUCUUGUUUAUAAUAAUUGGACACGUUCAGA